UGGGUCCCCGCCGGUGGGAGCUUUAUCAGUUGUUGCCACAUCGUACCUGAAAGCGAAAGCCAAUCCACGACCAUGCCACUCGAUCUGUACUACAGCAUAAUAUCGCCUCCGUGUCGAGUGGUGCUGUUGUUUGCGAAAUGGUUGAAAUUGGAGCUGAACCUCAUCGAGCUGGAUGUGCUGAAACGGGAGCACUGCAAGCCGGAGUUUCUGAAGCUGAACCCACAACACUACAUUCCCACGCUGGUCGAUGGUGACGUUGUGGUCUGGGAGUCGAGCGCAGUCCUUAUCUAUCUGGCGGAAAAAUACGGCACGGACGAAACUCUCUACCCGAAGGACAUUGCACUGCGCGCCAAGGUAAACCAGCGGCUGUUCUACGACAUCGGGACGCUGAUGCGCAGCGUUACCACGUACUACCACCCCAUCCUGAUGGGGGGCGAAGGCAAGCUAGAGGACUUCAAGAAGGUGCAAGAUGCGGUUGGCGUGCUGGACAGUUUCCUGCACGGCAGUCGCUGGACGGCCGGUGAGCAUAUAACGGUGGCCGAUUUUGCCAUUGCCGUCACGGUGGCCGCACUGGACGGUGUUCUAAACUUCGACUUUACUGUCUACCCGAAUGUGCACCGUUGGUAUGAGCAGUGCAAGCGCGAACUCGUUGGCUACACGGAGAUCACGAAGGAAGCCACCCAGAAGACGCAAGCCUUCCUGGAGCGAUUUCGUGCCAUGCGAGCGGGCGAACAGCAGCAGCUGUGCAAUCAGCAGCAACAACACAGCAAAGUGCAGCAGCAGCAGAAGGAUGACCAGCACAAACAACACUACACCGAGCUGCAGACGCCGCCAAAGCCACGCGCACGUGAGUGCCCGAAAGCGGUUGCGCCAGCUAUCCCCACGCCACUGGAUGAAGCAAAAUCGGAUGAGUCGUCACGAAUGUCCACAGGAGAUUAG